CGCGGCUGGAGCGGAGUCCCGGGGGAGGAGCAGCGCAGGAGCCGGUGCCCACCGUCUGAGGGACUGCGACGGCUGCCGGAGCGACCUCGCGUAGGCGAGCUGAGCCGCGAUGGCCGAGUUCCCAUCGAAAGUGAGCACACGGACCAGCAGCCCCGCGCAGGGCGCCGGCACCUCGGUCUCAGCGCUGCGCCCGGACCUGGGCUUCGUGCGCUCCAUCCUUGGCAUGCUCAUGCUGCUGCAACUGGUGCUGGGGCUGCUGGUGUGGGCCCUGAUUGCUGACACCCCGUACCACCUAUACCCGGCCUAUGGCUGGGUGAUGUUCGUCGCUGUCCUUCUCUGGCUGGUGACAAUCGUCUUCUUCGUCCUCUACCUGUUUCAGCUGCACAUGAAGUGGUACAUGGUGCCCUGGCCGCUGGUGUUAAUGAUAUUUAACAUGGGCGCCACAGUUCUCUACAUCACCGCCUUCAUCACCUGCUCCGCUUCGGUUGAACAGACGUCCCUGAAGGGCACCCGGCCGUAUAACCAGCGUGCAGCUGCCUCUUUCUUUGCGUGUUUAGUAAUGAUUGCCUAUGGAGUGAGCGCUUUCUUCAGCUUCCAGGCCUGGCGGGGAGUAGGCAACAAUGCAGCCACCAGUCAGAUGGCUGGUGGCUAUGCCUAAACCACCUGUGCCAAGGCCUACCUUGGGGCUAAAGGCUGCGGAUGGGUUAGUGCAGGGUGGCCCUGCGAAUCAGCCCAGAAGGAACUACACUUGCUCCUCCCAGACCAGCAGACUUGGGCUCACCCAACACUAAGGAAUUGGAAUCCUUCCUCUAGCUUGGACCAAGUCGGCGCAUGAGCAUGGGUUGGAAAGAGGCCAACAGCUGAGACCUCCUCUUCAUCCCCCUUAUUCAGCAGAAGGUGACGGGGGACAUGGGGCUCACUGUCUCCGCUUUGACUUUAGAGGAAGGACUUCAGUGUCCAAGGUGGGGCCCAGCCUUCUCACCAGCACUAAAUAACUAACAAGGACUCCAGACCUGCAGCCCCUGACCACAACAGAAUAAGGCUAACAAGCAACGUGUAUUUCUCUUCAUCAGUCUUUGUUCCAGGAACACCGAGCAAGCUCAUAAAAUCAUUGAUUCCUUU